GUUGGAAUUCCUGCCCGAAGAUGUAUAGAGCUGUACGUUGUUCUUAAUGAUAUACUCUUGGCCGCGCCGAGGAUUAUCAUACCCAUUUUAUAAUUUCCGAAACGCAGCGUCGCAUUUGCUUGCACAGUCCAUGUCGACAUCUACCCCGCCGCGAAAGGCAAUGCCCUCUGCAUUGACCUUUGACCUGCAUUCCAAGUGCUCAACCACCAAAGCCCGUGCCAGUACGCUUCACCUCCCCCAUGGCUCCGUUCCUCUGCCGAUCUUCAUGCCGGUUGCGACGCAGGCGUCCUUGAAGGGCCUUACAUAUGACCAGCUUAAAGACACGGGAUGCAUGCUGUGUCUAAAUAACACAUAUCACUUGGGCUUGAAGCCGGGUCAGGCGGUGUUGGAUACGGUGGGCGGAGCACAUAAAUUGCAGGGAUGGGAUCGAAAUAUCCUGACUGACAGCGGCGGAUUCCAAAUGGUUUCUUUACUUAAGCUGGCCAAUGUCACAGAGGAAGGAGUUCGGUUUCUAAGUCCACACGAUGGUACUCCUAUGCUACUCACACCUGAACACUCAAUCUCCCUACAGAACUCUAUCGGCUCCGAUAUCAUUAUGCAGCUGGACGAUGUGAUUGCGACGACGUCGCCCGACCAUGCGCGGAUUGAGGAAGCCAUGGAACGCUCUGUCCGGUGGCUUGACCGAUGCAUUGAAGCGCAUAAAAAUCCUGAAACACAAAAUCUGUUCUGCAUUAUCCAAGGAGGUCUUGAUUUGGAACUACGAAAGAAGUGCUGUGCUGAGAUGGUGGCGCGAGAUACCCCCGGAAUCGCCAUUGGAGGACUGUCCGGUGGGGAAGCGAAAGAGGAGUUCUGCAAAGUGGUUGAUACUUGCACAGACCUUCUUCCGGAGUAUAAGCCGCGAUAUGUGAUGGGAGUGGGCUACCCUGAAGAUCUGAUUGUAGGAGUCGCCCUUGGCGCGGACAUGUUUGACUGCGUCUGGCCGACAAGAACCGCUCGAUUUGGAAAUGCUGUAGUCUCUACGGGAACCCUUAAUCUUCGAAACGCCGCGUUCGCAUGCGACUUCAGCCCUGUAGAAGAAGGAUGCACCUGUGCUACUUGUAGGCCCCGGGAGCAGGGAGGCCUGGGAAUCACACGGGCAUAUAUUCACCAUCUGGCGGCCAAAGAGACUGCGGGAGCUCAUCUGAGGGAAACGAAAUCCAUUAAAAUGCCGACCACGUCGACUGAACCCGAACCCCCGCGCGGCACGCACAACCCCGCGCACGAAGAACACCAAUACCUCCAAUUAAUCCGGCAAAUCCUCGCCGAGGGCGAGCACCGCCCAGACCGCACGGGAACAGGCACGCGCUCGCUUUUCGCGCCGACGCCGAUGCGAUUUUCGCUCUCGAAACCGGCGCCGAAGCCCGAGCAGAGCAAGGGAGAAGAAGAAGAAGAAGAAGAAGAAGAAGGAGACAAGCGCAUCGCGAUCCUCCCCCUCCUCACCACAAAACGCGUCUUCCUCCGCGCCGUCCUGGGCGAACUCCUCUGGUUCAUCUCCGGCUGCACCUCGUCGCUCCCGCUUUCCGCGGCCGGGAUCAAGAUCUGGGACGGCAACGGGAGCCGCGAGUUCCUGGAUCGCGUUGGGCUGGCGCACCGGGCCGAGGGCGACCUGGGCCCCGUGUACGGGUUCCAGUGGCGGCAUUUCGGGGCGGAGUACGUGGACGCGCAGACCGAUUACACGGGCCUGGGCGUCGACCAGCUGGCCGAGGUCGUGCGCAAGCUCAAAGAAACCCCGUUCGACCGCCGCAUCAUCCUGUCGGCGUGGAACCCGGCGGAUCUGGCGAAGAUGGCGCUCCCGCCGUGCCAUAUGUUUGCGCAGUUCUAUGUCUCUUACCCGCGGGGCGCGGGCGCGGGCAAGAAAGGCGAGCUCAGUUGCUUGCUGUACCAGCGGAGUUGCGAUAUGGGGCUCGGCGUGCCGUUUAAUAUUGCGUCGUAUGCGCUGCUGACGCAUAUCUUGGCCCACGCGGCGGAUCUGCAUCCGGGGACGCUGGUGCAUACGAUGGGGGAUGCGCAUGUUUAUUUGGAUCAUGUCGAGGCGCUGCAGGAACAGGUUGCGAGGGAGCCGACGGAGUUUCCGGAGUUGAGGAUUAAGCGGGGGGAUCGGGGGAGUGGGGUUGUGGAUGGGUGGAAGGAGGAGGAGUUUGAGGUGCUUGGGUAUCAGCCUCAUAAGGCGAUUAAGAUGAAGAUGAGUGUUUGAAUCCUGCGGUUCAAGAUGCACACAACAUAUCCACAUAUACAAUUUCUACAGAUAUAGCUUUUUAUGAGAUGAUAGUAAGAAACAAAUGAUAUUCACGCUAAACCUC